CAUUGGACUCUGUCGUAACUUUGACUAAUACACAUGUGCGAACGCGCUUAAUUCUGCGUUUAAUCCGCUGUCCUGGAGUGGACGAUGAACUUUGCAUCUUCCCGGACAAUCUGCCUCGGUUGGAGGUGAUGCGUCGGUGGGCGGAGUCAACAGGUUCAGUGACACUAUACGGUGUGAUGGCUCACAGCACAUACUGAAUAAAACAGGAGUUUAAAUUAAGCAAAACAAAAGUGGAACUGAUCAUUUACAAAUGCACAUUCUGACUUCUGGAUUCAUUAAACAGAUUUGAAUCUUCUUAGGACAUUUCUUUUGGAAAUAAACACAACAGCUUCAAAUGACAUCAGCUUUCAUAAAACAGGAAGCAACUUCAUCAUAACUCAACCCAACAGAAAACCCCUCAGCAGCAAAGGAUAGUCACCCCUCCAAUCAUCCAUCUGGACUCACCAUUUCUAAAGACAUCAUCAACCAGCGACACAUGGAAUAAUCGUUUACACACCAAAAUGCAUCCUCCAUCUCCGCUGGAUGCCUAAUGGUGGAAUAAUUUAUCUAAAGCAUCUAUGGUGAGUGCCGUUAUGGAUUUUUCUGUGUGACCGGGCUGGACUCUAGCAGCGGCCAUGUCUGGUAAGGGUAACCCCAGCCCGCACCUCAAUAGCUUCCCCUUGGCCCACUACUCAUACUUCUUCCCGCACAUGCUGGGGGGGCUAUCUCCACCCUCACUGCCCACCCUACCCCUCAGUGGAUACAGUACGCCUUCACCAGCCACGAUCGAGACUCAGAGUACGAGUUCAGAGGAGAUCGUCCCCAGCCCUCCAUCGCCGCCCCCUCCUCCUCGUGUCUAUAAGCCCUGUUUCGUGUGUCAGGACAAGUCUUCAGGGUACCACUAUGGCGUCAGCGCCUGUGAAGGCUGCAAGGGUUUCUUCAGGAGAAGUAUUCAGAAGAACAUGGUGUACACGUGCCACAGAGAGAAGAACUGCAUCAUCAAUAAAGUGACGCGCAACCGCUGUCAGUACUGCCGCCUGCAGAAGUGUCUGGAAGUAGGAAUGUCCAAAGAAUCAGUUAGGAAUGACAGGAACAAGAAGAAGAAGGAAGAGAAGAAGCAGGAGUGCACAGAGAGGAACACACUGAGUCCAGAAACGGAGCAGAUGAUCGGCAGAGUCAGAAAAGCUCACCAAGAGACCUUCCCUUCACUCUGUCAACUCGGCAAAUACACCACAAGUAACAGUUCAGAGCAGCGGGUGUCUCUGGAUGUGGAUUUGUGGGAUAAGUUCAGCGAGCUCUCUACCAAGUGCAUCAUAAAGACAGUGGAGUUCGCCAAGCAGCUGCCGGGAUUCACCACGCUCACUAUCGCGGAUCAGAUCACGCUGCUCAAGGCUGCAUGUCUCGACAUACUGAUUCUGCGGAUCUGCACUCGCUACACACCAGAGCAGGACACCAUGACGUUCUCUGACGGUUUAACGCUCAACCGAACACAGAUGCACAACGCCGGCUUUGGUCCGCUAACAGACCUGGUGUUCGCCUUCGCCAACCAACUGCUGCCGCUUGAGAUGGACGACGCUGAGACGGGACUACUUAGUGCCAUCUGCCUGCUGUGUGGAGAUCGUCAGGAUCUGGAACAGGCUGAUAAAGUGGAUGUACUGCAGGAGCCACUGCUGGAAGCUCUGAAGAACUACGUGAGGAAGAGGAGGCCACACAAACCUCACAUGUUCCCCAAGAUGCUCAUGAAGAUCACAGACCUGAGGAGCAUCAGUGCCAAGGGAGCGGAGCGUGUGAUCACGCUGAAGAUGGAGAUUCCUGGCUCCAUGCCGCCUCUCAUCCAGGAGAUGCUGGAGAACUCUGAGGGUUUGGAGAGUUCGGCAGGCGGGGUCAGCUCACGGGCCAGCUGUAGCCCCUCCCCUUCCCCGAGCUCUGCCCAGAGCAGCCCACCCACACAGUCGCCAUGACAACCGUCAAUGCCGCCAUCCUUAUCCACUUACCGACGACUGUGUGCCCUCCCAACACGACAGCAGACACACAUACACACACACACACACUUCAUCCGAGACUAAUGGUGGUCAAUCUGGGAUUUUGAUAUCCGAGAGAUCAGACUGGGAUCGUUCUUCUCCUAGUAUCCUCCACUCCGUUACGAAAUCCCUUAGGACAAAGAGAGGAAGAGUGCUGGACGAGUAUUUGUUGCAUUUUAAAAAAAAGUGCAAGAAUUUCUGGACAAACAUAUAUGAAGAAUUAAAGGAUAUGACUUUUAUUUCUGAUUCUUAUGGCCUGGACCUUUGUUUCCGAUGGCAAGAGACUUGAGAUUUCCUACAAAUAAAAAUAUAUAUAAAUAUAGAAUGAUUGUGAACAGAAUGAAUCAUGAACUUGAUGUAAAGAUGCAGCUGUAUAUCAGUACUCGUUCUCUCUGCCUGUGAAAGGAAAAGAACGAGUGAAUUAUUGCAAACAUGUUUUUAAUGCAACAUUGAAAAGAAUAUUCAUUUACACUCACAGAAGAUAUAAAAACAGUCACAGAAAAACCAUGUGAUUGUGUCUUUCUUGCUCUUUGUGUUUCAAGUGACAAGCGAAACCCUCAAAAACUCCAUUAUCUCAUGUUUUCACACUGUGUUUUUGGCUCAGUAUUUGACAAAUCAUACAGAAAACAGUUGGGUUGUGCUUCAACACCCCGCAAAUUGUCUUGCAGUUUUCAUUCCAGUUUUGCCGUAUUUUCAAUUGAAAUGGAAAGUUUCGAACAUGCAUCCUUGAGUUUAGGUCACAGUCAUGAAACAUGUUGCUCUACAUUGUGAGCUGGUACAGGUGGUAUAAGAGGGAGGAACAGUCACAUUUUAUUGGAUAAAAACACCUCUGAGUCUGAAGAUGAGUCGCUAUUAUUGUCAAUAUAUUUGGUCUAUUUUCCUGGGAGAGACCAUACACUUUUAUUUUCAAUGUCUGCCAAAAGUUUCUUUUCUCAAAUAUAGGAGCGUCAAAAUGAACAUGGACUAAUUGCCACAAAAGUCCAAUUUUGAU